AUGAAACCAGAAUAUGAGUCUAGAUAUAUGGACAUGUUACCGCUACUGUUUAGUCAAUUUCCUGAUUUAGAUUAUGCUAUAAUCUCAGUGCCUCGGUUGGUCAAAUGUUUUCCAAUGUUAAAAAGUUUCGUUCAUUGCAGAAUAAGACGAAAUAAAGAUCCUGAGCAUGAAUUGUAUGUUUUUCAUCGGUCUGAAAUUCACAGAGAUUUCAUUGUACGACGGGCAAAACGCUCUGAAGAGGAAGCCAUUAAAUCAUUAACUGGUUAUAUGAAUUCACUGGAUCGAUCUUUAUUCUUAACUGAUUUAAAUGCAUUCAUACAUAAUGGUAAACAUGAUGACGGAACUCUAAUUUCCUGUUAUGUUGCUGUUGCUUUGGGCAAAGUUGUUGGUGUAGCGAUCUUACGCGAUGAAAAUAGCAUGGAAUGGCUUCGAGCUCAUUAUAACAUUGAAGAUUUUAUAUACUAUACACAUCAUGCUAGAAAUGAGCAUGUUUGCUUGUAUCAUUUUCUGCUGGCUGCCAAUUUCCAUUCGCACACCUCAAUGUUUCUACGAGAAAUUCUACGUCAGUCACGUAAAACAUGCAUUUACUAUCGUGUACCACCACCAUAUGCAUAUGAGUCAUUCUAUUGUAAUACAACAUUGAUAACUUGCCUAUCAAAAUUAACUCCUGUCAGUCCAAGAAGACAAAUUAAAUAUCCAAAAUCUCUGCUGGAUGAUAUAAAAGCACCAGAGAAAAGAAUUUUAGAAGAGGUGAAUUCAAUGCCAGCCUUAUUUAUGACAACUGCGAAACUGUUAAUGGAACCGAAAGAAAUAAUCAAUGCUAGAAUAAUUGUAGUCGGUGCAUCAACAACAGGCUUAGCUGUACUUGAAACAUUAGCUACAUGUCCAUACAUUCGAUUCACGAAUCUGGUCCUGUUAUCUCCACACGGACUUCCUGGAGAUACUCUGGAGAAAAUAGAUCCUCUGGCUUUCAAAUUUCUACCUUCAGAUCAUGGAUUUUCCGUCAAUCAUUUAAGUCAACUGGGAUUAAAAGUAUGCGUCAAUGUGGUUUAUGGGAAACUUACAGCUAUUGACAGGAAAUUCAAGAGAAUAACAGUUUCAUCGGAAGAUAAGCUAUCCUACGAUUAUUUGAUUAUAACAACUGGAUUACAAUAUCAUACUAUCUGUCCAACCAGUGGAUCAGGGGAUGUAGUGAAAGCAAAUGAACGUAGCAUUACUAUUGGUGAUUAUGGUGAUACCAGUGAUAACAGCGCUAAAUAUCGUAUGAAUCGUAAAUUUACAAUUGUACAUUCGCAUACAACACAACCGGAUAAUCUAUUUCUCAUUAAUGAUGUUAAUGAUGUCCCACCAAUCAUUGAAUGGAUAAAUACCGUCUUUCUACCCCUGUAUCAUGCUGAAAUAGCUAAAUAUUCUAAGCAUAGAAAAUUCUCAAUUGACAAAGACUCUCUUGUCGACAGCAGUAAAGAAUGGGGAAGCUGUGCUGAUAUUCAUAAACAAGACAAUCAGAUGACAGAAGUUGACAAAGAGAAUGCAGACAAAACAAGAAGAGGAGACAAAGGCGUGGAAGACGAGGAGGAUGUUAAGACAUGUUCAGAGAAUGAAAUAAAACUACAGUCAAAUGCAUUGUUAUUUGAUACAUUCGGUGGUGAUAACUCCAUAGAAGAUAAAAGCGAGGAUGGCGAAGUUGAUGAACAAGAUGAUGGCGAAGGUAAUGCUGCUGCUAAUAAUAAUAGAAAUAAGCUGAGUACUAGUAAUCUUCUCAUUGUAUAUGGUUACACAGUGGAUGCAUAUACAUGCAUUAAUGGCCUAUUAAAUGCUGGUGUCGACGGGAAGUGUAUUAUUAUGAUACAACCACCACGGAUAGAAAAUUAUCCUCCAGCAUUUGACAGUUUAACUAUUCAAAGAAAAGUACACGAACAUAUGGAAAGGCUAAAAAUUUGUAUUGGUUAUGAUUUCUUAUUGGAGUAUUGGAAUAAGGGGGAUGCUGGAUCAACAUCAGAACGCAUUGAAACGGUCACGUUUAGUUCAAAAGGAAAACAAAUAACUAUACCAUGUUUAGGCUUAUUCUGCUUCCAUGUACGCACUGUCGAUAUGGAUGUUUUUGAAGCUUUGAAUAACGCGUGUCUUGUUUUUGAUUCACGUUUGGUAAUUGAUAUAAACUUUCACACAAAUGAUCCGUCGAUACGUGCUGCUGGUCCAGUAACAAAAUUGAAACGAAUUUAUUACAACGAUUUUUGGAGACAUGAAAUAGCCUGCAGUUUGGAAGUUGGUCGGCGUUUAGGUGAUCAACUAUUAGAUUUAUUUGAUCCAAAUACUGAAAAACCGAAAAAACCGCCAACAGAUAAUUUAAAUAUUUUGCCAACAUUUAAUGAUCCGAAGAUAAUCUCAGCUACACUACCCGGUAAUUUAAAUUAUCUACACUUUUCAAAACCAUGUUUAUGGGAACCAUUGGAAGUGAGAAUGAAAAAUCCAGAUUUUGGACGUUUAUUAGUCACUGGAGAAACUAGCAAGGAAAAGAGAUACUUCUCAAUUCAUAUAAACAAGUACAGUUUAAUUGAAGGCAUAACCUGUUUAUCUGCAAAGGAGUUUCCUGCUGAUAACUACACUGAACUUUACAAUCUCCACGAAUAUCUUCUGAAUCAUUUAGUAUCUAGAUUCGAUGAAGGCUUGAUUACUGACUUCUAUGAAUAUUUAGAUGAUAUAUGGUCUUUAGCAAUUUAUCAUGAUCGAUUUGCAGACUUUAGAUCUGAAAUACGCGGAUUAACAAGUACAUGUUUGCCUACAAUGAAUGAAUCACUGGCAUCGAAAAUAGAGGCGAUCAUUGCAGAAAAAGAUGAGGUACCAUUGAAGGAUUUUGAAGAAUUGAAAUCCUUAUAUAUUAAUGGAUAUAAAAAGGAUGUUGAACAACGUCUGAUUAAAUUUAUUUCACACAAUUAUAAUCUGCUACCAAUGUAUGCGAAACCAGAUCUUGUUUAG